CAUACGAGCAAGCUCAGUUAUCCCGCGUUUAUUCGCACAAACUAGAGCGCCCGCAGCGCGUAGUGAUUUCCGAGCUACCCGGUAGACAAGAGCCGUCUCGGCGAGCGAGGAAGGAACGACCAUCGAGGAUCGCGAUCCAGUAGGAAUCGCGGCCCGGAGGUCCCUCCUGUAUCCACCAGGUCUAAGGUCAAGGACGGCCGUUUUCGAUCACGUGUGUCGCGUAUGCAACAAACGCUUCGGAGUCGCGUUCUUUUGCACACGUCCAAAGAUGUCGCAGGAAGCGGCUGCCAAGUACAUGAGAAAAUCAAAGACAAUUGUGAAUAAGGCCACCGGAGGUAUGAGUAAAGACUGCGGAAUAUGUGGCAUUUACCCACGAUGGCUACGGAAUCGAGCUACCCCGAGGAACUUCAUCGCCGUGUACGGUUUAUUGGGCACCGUUCAAGCGAUGGCCUUCAUCUACAUUGUCGUCACCUUGACGACGUUGGAGAAGAGAUUCAAGAUACCCAGUCGUACGACUGGGCUCAUCCUUUCCGGCAACGAGGUCUCUGAGGUCUUGUCUUUGAUCUUGACCUACUACGGAGGAUCUAGUCAUCGGCCGAGGUGGAUCGCGGUUGGUGUCGGCUUGAGCGCGUUAUCCUGCCUCGUUAUGGCUCUGCCGCACUUCAUAUACGGACCCGGCAAGGACGCGCUGGCGUUGACGAAAGAGUACCUGGAUCAGACUUUGCUGAACACGACGUCGGUGCCGAAGGACCUCGCCAUUUGCCCGCGCCUGGGCAAUCUGGAGCAAUGCGACGCCGAAACCAUGAUAAGCGUCAACCUUCUGCCUCGGCUGCUGGUUUUCGUUUCUCAAUUUAUCCUCGGCAUCGGAACUACUCUCUACUACGGCUUGGGACAGACCUACCUGGACGAUAACACGAAGAAGAAAAAUACACCUAUGCUCUUGGGCUUCACGUACGCUUUACGAACUGUGGGUCCGGCGAUUGGAUUCCUGUUGAGCUAUGCUUGCUUGAGCUUAUACAUAGACCCAAAGCUCCACCCGGUUAUCACGAAGAAGGACCCGCGAUGGUUAGGCGCGUGGUGGCUCGGUUGGAUCAUCCUCGGCGUCACGAUGGGCACGUUCGCUGUUCUAAUCGCCAUGUUCCCACGUGAUCUGCCCUCGUCGAAAAACAUUCCCAAGAAGGAUGGUGAAGUGCCUCUGAAGCUAGACGUGGUGCUUCAGCAGAAGUGCGUGAUACACAUGGAGCCGAGCGAACCAAUACCGCUGGAAGCCGAGUACAUACCGACAAUCCGCGAAUUUCCCAAAGCCAUGAAGCGACUGUUAACCAACUGGUUGUUGACUUGCAACAACUUAAGCUCCGUAUUUUACGUCCUCGGCGGUUCGGUCUACUUCACGUUCCUGGCCAAGUAUCUUGAAGUUCAAUACAGUACGUCCGCGGCUGGCGGUACCGUGAUAGCAGGUCCAAUAUCGCUGAUAGGCAUGGUGCUGGGCUUCUUAUUGUCGGGACUGAUAAUCAGCAAGUUCAAGCCGAGCUCCAGGCCGCUCCUCGCCUGGAACGUGCUCGUCGGCAUUUGCUAUGUCGCCGGGCAGGUGUCCUUCAUAUUCCUCGGAUGUAAGAACGCCGGAAUUCGCGGUGUAGACUUGCAGACCAUGCAAAUUAAUCUGACGGCCGAUUGCAACACCGACUGCAAUUGCGCGGGCGUCAAGUACUCGCCCGUCUGCCACGAGGCGUCGAAGACGACCUUCUUCUCCGCCUGCCACGCUGGAUGCCGGACGAUCUUGGACGACAAGCAGUUCGGCAACUGCAGCUGCCUGCCGUUGGACGAGCCACUGAGCCGCGUCCUGGGCCACCUCGAGCACCCCAGCUCCAGCAGGUCCUUCGUCCCCGAGCAGCACGUGUACCUGCCGGACUCGCAGGCGCCGACGUACGACAAGGUCCGGUCGGGCCCGUGCACCAACGACUGCAACCACCCGUACCUGCUCUUCAUGGUGAUCUCCUGCCUGGUGCAUUCGUUGGCCUGCUCCGGCAAGAUCGGCAACGUCCUGGUGAACUACAGGAGCGUCGAGAAGCGAGACAAGAGCUUCGCCCAGGGCGUCACGCUAAUGUUCAUCUCGUUGUUCGCCUUGAUCCCUGGACCGAUCAUCUAUGGAGCCAUCAUUGACUCGACCUGCCUGAUAUGGGAGGAGUCCUGCGGCACUCGGGGCAACUGCUGGUUCCACCACCAGGAGAACUUCCGAUACCUCGUCAACAUCUCGGCGGCCGGAUUCACCGUGGUGGGAGUGCUGUUCGACGCUGCGGUUUGGUACCUGGGCAAAAAUCUCGACCUGUACGGCGCGGCGGAGAGCGACAAGAGGCGCGAGUUCGUGAAGGAGGACGCCGAGACUGACAGCAGCGCGGACACGAAGAAGGAAGUCAACGGGAAUUUGAACCAGAGGAUACAGCAUAGUCCCUUAUAACGCUUGCCGCUGCGGCCUAGUAGGGGCUCGCGGGGUUCUCUAGGUACCUGAAAUUUCGCGGCUUCCGUGACUGAUGCUGAAACAUUCCGAUGACUCUAUUAACGGCAGAAGCUAGUUGCGCACAAAUGACGUCGAUACAAUGUCGCAUGGUAAUCGCCGCGUUCGCGUAAUCCCACAGCGAACACUCGGGAUAACACUCGGGACAACUGGAAUGAGAGAUGAAUUGUCGUUACGGUCCCGUUGUUCAGCCUUUUAUUCGAAAACCUUUGUUGUCCGUUGCUUGUUCCUAUCUCUCUUUGUAAAUAAAUCACGAACGUUUUUUUUGUUAUA